AUGAGGAUUGUGCUGGUGGGUAAAAAUGGAUCAGGAAAGAGUGCAUCAGGAAACAAGAUACUGGGAAGAGAUGUAUUUAAGGAAAGCUGUUCCCCUAAGGCUGUUAGACAUUGUAAAAAAGAAGAGAUAAUAAUGGAGAAUAAAAAAAUCUCGGUGACCGACACUCCAGGACUCUUUGAUAAAUCAAUCACUAAUGAAGAACUGAAGUCUGAAAUAGAGAAGUGUAUUGAGAUGUCCCUCCCUGGUCCUCACGUGUUCCUGCUCGUCAUCAGAGUGAAUAGAUUCACAGAAGAGGAACAAAACACAGUGGAGUGGAUUCAGGAGAAUUUUGGUGAAGAUGCGGCACAUUACACCAUCAUUCUGUUCACUCAUGUAGAUUUACUGAAUGGCAAAUUAUUAGAAGAAUAUAUCAAAGAGAGUCCAGAAUUACAGGCAUUAAUUGAGAAUUGUGGGGGUAGAUAUCACGGAUUUAACAAUAAAGAUAAAAACAAUCAAACUCAGGUAACAGAGCUGCUGCAGAAGAUUGAUGAAAUGGUGGAGAUUAAUGGAAAAAAGCACUACACUAGUGAGAUUUAUAAACAAGCUCAGAUACGCAUACGAAUGCAGAGAAUAAAAGACAUAGGAAGACAAGCAAUAAUAUAUGGUGGAGGAGCCUUAAUAUGUGGAGCAGGUGCAGCAGGUGCAGGUGCAGCAUUUACUGCAGGUGCAGGUAUUGCAGGUGCAGCAUGUGCAGGUCUAGAAGUUGCAGCACAUGUAGGUGCAGCAGGUGCAGCAGGUGUAGCAAGUGUAGCAGCUGUAGUAAGUGCAGCAGCACGUGCAGCUGCAGGAGACAAACCUUAACAGUAAUGGCCACAACAGCAACAAAUGCUACUUCAGAACUUCUAUUAGCGCUUAAAGUAGAGCAGAUUUUUAAACACUAACUGGCACAUAUUUUCAUAUAUCGCUUUACAAAUGUGAGAUUAAUGCAUUACAGCCAUAUUGUGCUGAAGCAUAUUUGCUCAUUUUAUUUUCUCAUAAUAACU